CGCUCGACCGUCCGAGUCCGACCCUCUUACUAUAAAAAGGGAUAUUUCUAGGGUUUGGGGUUUCUCUCCGACAGCAGCGCACGUUCUUUCGCCAAGCUUAAGCUUCAGAGGCGAAAAUGCCGUCGCACAAGACAUUCAAGAUCAAGAAGAAGCUGGCGAAGAAAAUGAGGCAGAAUAGGCCCAUCCCUCAUUGGAUCCGCAUGAGGACGGACAACACCAUCAGGUACAACGCGAAGCGCAGGCACUGGCGUCGUACGAAGCUAGGAUUUUGAAUUCCUUCUAGGUUUUCCCUUCUUUCCAAUGAUUGGAGUUUUUUUGUUAGUCUUUUAAAGGAUUGUUCGAUAAGAUGAUAUUUCUUAGUUUUGGUAUAUUGAAGUAGAGACUUCUCCUAAUGUGGGUCCUAAGGAUUGAGUGUUGUUUGGCAUUUUUAAGUGUUUGGAUGGUUGAAAUUUAAUAUAAUUGGGCAUUUCUUCUUUA